UAUGGACGAAAAAAGGCCAAGUAUUGGACGUAAAGGAUCUGAAUCGGAAAUGAGUGAUAUGGAUAUAUUUGGUUUUGGCAAUCCAUUGAUCGAUGUGGUGACCAGGGUCAAUGAUGAUUUUUUGGCUAAAUAUAAUUUGGGCAAAAAUGCUACCGUAUUGGCCGAACCCAACCACGAGGCCAUAUUCGACGAGUUUGUCGACCAGUCGGCCGAGGAUCUAGACAUUGACUACAUGCCUGGCGGUACCAUUCAGAAUGCGCUCCGGUAUACCCAAUGGAUUGUCGGCAAAAAUAAUCCAGUGGCCAACUAUAUCGGUGCAGUCGGUGAUGAUUAUUACGGAAAGUUGUUGCAGAAAAAAGUCAAACAAGAGGACGGUCUGGGCGUUAGGUAUAAGUGUGUACCCGAUAUGGCUACCGGUACCAGUGUUAUACUGUGCUCGGCUGAUGGCAAAACCAAAUCGGUGGUCACCAAUUUGGGAGCAAGCAGAAAAUUUGACAACCAUUAUCUGAUGAGUAACUUUUGGUUUUGCGAAAGAGCCCGACUAGUGUUGACAAGUGGACACAUGUUAGCCGUAUGUAGUAAUGCCGUAAUGUUUACGGCCAAACACUGUCAGGAAUGGGGCAAAGAUUUUGUCUUCAAUAUAGGGGCCAGUUAUGUAACCAACCGAUUCAAGCGUGAACUAAACACACUUAUGCCUUAUAUUGACUUUUUGUUUUGCAACUCGGAUGAAGCACAGGCCUACGCGGCCAUCAAUGGAUAUAAUUCACAGGAUAUUCGGGAAAUUGCCAAAAUGUUGGCCUCGGAGCCGAAAAUGUCCUAUAAAAAUGCCAACAUACCAAACCAUUAUAAAUCGCAGCGUACGGUAAUUGUUACUCAACGGGACAAUCAGCCGGUACUGGUGGCCAGUUCGCUGUCCGAUGAAGUCGACGAAUAUCCAGUACCCGAGCUGUCCAAUGACGAAUUUAAGGAUACAGUCGGUUCGGGCGAUGCCCUGAUCGGCGGUUUUCUGGCCAUGUAUAUCGAUGGACGAACUGUUGACGAGUGUAUCCGAUGUGGUCUAUACUGUGCCGCCGAAUGUUGCAAACAGAUAGGCUGUGUAUUGCCACCGAUGAUGACCUUUAAACCCGAAGACGACAGUUAUGUUAACAAUAAUAACGUUAUUAAGACUAAUGACAGCAAAACUAAUCACAACUCUAUUAAUGAAGAAGAAGAAGAAGAUAAUGAAGACGAAGAAGAGGAAGAAUAUGAAGAGAAAGAAGUCUACGCUUAG